AUGCUGUACCUCGUGGGCCUCGGCCUCUCCGACGAGACAGACAUCACCGUCAAGGGGUUGGAGAUUGUCAAAAACGCCUCGAGGGUGUACCUGGAGGCCUACACCAGCAUCCUGCUCGUCGAGCAGUCCGAAGGCUACUAUGGACGGUCGAUAACCGUGGCCGACCGUGAAAUGGUCGAGUCCAACAGCGACGAGAUACUGCGCGGCGCGCAAAGCGAGGACGUCGCCUUUUGCGUCGUCGGCGAUCCGUUUGGCGCGACGACGCACACCGACCUCGUCAUCCGAGCGAGGGAACUCGGGAUCCCUGUCCGCACCGUGCCCAACGCGUCGAUCCUGUCGGGAAUCGGCGCCUGCGGCCUUCAGCUGUACAACUUUGGCCAGACGGUGUCCAUGGUCUUCUUCACCGACUCUUGGCGGCCGUCGUCGUUCUACGACCGAAUCAAGGAGAACCGAUCCAUCGGUCUGCACACCUUGGUCCUCGUCGACAUCAAGGUCAAGGAGCAGAGCUUGGAGAACAUGGCGAGGGGUAGGCUGAUCUACGAGCCGCCCCGGUACAUGACCGUCGGCCAAUGCGCCCAGCAGAUGAUUGAUGUCGAGGAGGAGCGCAAGGAGGGCGUGUACGGCCGGCACAGCUUGGCCAUCGGCGCCGCGCGCGUCGGCGGCAAGACGGAAAAGUUUGUCGCCGGCACCUUGGAGCAGCUGUGCAGCGCCGACGAGGAGCUCGGUCCUCCGCUUCACAGCUUGGUGCUGCUUGGGCGGCGAGCCCACGAACUGGAACACGAGUACGUGCGCCAGUUCGCCGUCGACAGAGACGAAUGGGAUCGUCUCUGGAAGGAAGACUAUGGCAAGCAGUAA